AUCCAUUGCUGAAAACAAUUUUCUUUUUUUUGAUUUCAUAUCAGUUGUGGUUUUGAUGUUGAAUAAAAGAUUACUAAAUAUUAAAAUAUAUUUGAUCACAGUGUUCUUUUAAAGGAUAGGUUAUUGUUUGAUAUUCCUGUGCAAAAUUUUUAUUCAAGACAAGAUAAUUCAAUCAAAUAAAUUAUUUUAUUUAUUGAAAAAACAGAAAAUCACAAUAAAUCAUGGCAAAACGUGCUUAUGAAGAAUAUCAAUAUCAACCUGCACAUGGUGUUGAUCAAGGUGUGUUGAACCAAAUAUCACAUCUUCAAAAUGUGUCAAUUGUUCCAGUAACAACAGCCACAAAUUCAACACAAAUUGCUGAACAGGAUAAAUCUGAUGCUGUAUCAAUUAUUCCAUUGAAAAAUACAGACAAGAUUGAAUCAAAGAAAGAAGAAUCUGUUGAUGCCAUGGAAAUUGAUAAUUCAAGUGAAUCAUCUGGCACCAUUCCUGAGUUAACAGUUGAUCCAGAAAAUUCUGAUUCAAGUGAUUCUACACUUGAUUACAUGAGUUCAACUUACUGCAAAGAAUCUGAUAAAUAUUUAACUCAAACAGAUCUCCAAGAGCAAUUAUUACAACAUGGAAGUAAUUUAAAAAUUAUAAAACUUGGUAGUUUUUUUGAUUCAAGAAUAUUAAUAGAUAUUCGUAAUUAUUGUCAAAAUGUUGAACAAUUAGAAUUGGACUUGGUACGAUAUACUUCAACACAUUUGAAUCAGGCUUUUGUCAAUAUGAAAAAUUUGAAAAGCAUUGUUGUGAGAAAUCUUGAGAGUGAAUUACUCAAUGAAUUUGCUGGAAGUUUGCCAAUAAAUGUUGAAGAGAUUUCAAUGGGAUGUCAAAGCCAAGAAGACUGGAAAGAAAAAGCAUUAACAGCUUUUGAUAAAUUCAACACUGUUAAAGUUUUAGAGCUGUUUUUUUAUGAUUUAUCAAAUGAAGAAUCACACACAAUAAUAAAAAAUAAUCAAAAUACAAUUGUUAAAUUAUCACUGAGAAAUUGUAAAGUAAUGAAUGGAUUUGACUUUAUUUUUAAUUUAAAAAAUUUAGUUGGUCUUGAUCUUGGUUCAGUUACAUCAAUCCAGUAUGAUGGAUCAAAAAUUCUUCGAUAUUUAGCAAAUACAGCUCUAAAUCUUCGUUAUCUUGACAUGAGUGGAUAUGUUGAUAUUACUGGAUGUGCACUUAUGGCACUUAGUACACUGGAAAAUCUUGAAGUAUUAAUUUUGAAUAAUAUGCAAUAUGAUAUUGAUGAAUUUAAUGAAGCAAUUGGAUUAUUUAGUCAUUUAAAAAAAUUUGAAUGUCGUGGAUGUUAUGACAUUGUUGAUCAUGGUAUUGAAUUGCUUUUAAAAAAAUCAAAAAACUUGGAAUAUUUGGAUGUAUCAAAAACACGAGCAACUGGUCGUGCUGUUCGCUUUGCUAAUGAAGCUCUUAAAGGACGUACAAAUAAUACUGGAUUAACUAUAGUCAUUGAUAGCUCAAAAGCACAUACUUUACUUUUUUUUAAAAGUUUACCAAAUUUAAAAAUCAUCAAAGAACUAGAUGAUGCUUUAGAAAGAUACGAUUCUGCGUACUUGGGAAAGUCUAUAGAAAUUAAAAGAACAUUGAAAGCUGCUUAUGAUCAUUUUAUUCAACAACUAAUAUCAAAAAUAAAGAGCUUAAAAAUUGAAGUAGCAUACAAAUUCAAUCCUUUCGUACAAAGUACUUAUCGUGCCAUUCAACGUGAAGUGAACAUUGAACAAAGUGUGAGACGAGCAAAUGAAUUGGCUUUGAAUAAUACUGUUAAAACAACAGAUACAGAAAUCAUAAAAUGUGUUGAUGAAGAAUUUCAAGAUGCACAAGUAUUACUGGAAGAUAAAUUCAACAUAACUUUAGACGAGAGCAAUAAAAAUCUAGACAGAGAAAAAAAUGCCGUGAAAAAGUUGUGUGAGAAGAAUGAUCCAGAGUGUUUUGGAUUUAACUUGUUGAUGGAAAUCGAAGAAGGUGAAAAUACAUUUUUUGAGAAUAAAAAAGCUGCAUUCAAAACUUAUGGAGAUGCACUACUUCAAAAUUUAUCACAAGAUUUGAAUAUCUGUUUUAGAAAUAUUCAAACCAAUCUUUUUAAUAAGUUGAAAGCCAUAGAAAACUCUCUCAAAAAAGUUAUGUAA